UGUACGUCGCUCUGGAUAAGAGCGUCUGCUAAAUGCCUCUAAUGUAAUGUAAUGUUAAUGUGUUAUAUGACUAUGACUCAGCUGAUGUCAUUAGGAGAGAACCCUUCUAACUUGUAAUUGAACGCAUUCUUGAUCACAUGGGCUCCAUAAAUGAAAUAAAGAUUUAGCUACUGACAAUCAUACUGAAAAUAUUUUAACAAGUCUUAAGUGUUUAUUAUGCAAAAGUCCAAGUCUGCAGAAUGUAAAUGUAGGAGUGAGUGAUUGACUGCUACUGAUCUGUUCUGUUUCCCUGUUGUUGGUUUUCUCCAACCUGGAGUUCAUCAUCUCCAUCUGCUCAAAUAAAGAAUAUCAACGUCUUAUGUGGCUACAUCUCAUAUUUGAUAGUUAACCUGCUGACUGAAACUCACAUGGGGUUGUUCAUAUUUUGCCUUGCCAUUUGCCUAUUAUUUAACAGGCAAGGAUUAUGCAGGCUUUGUAUUUUAAUUCGGAAUCAAGAUACUAUUGCUUAGUGGUGGUUGUGGGGUUGACAGUGCUUCAUGAAUUGGGUAGUGAAUGUGUGUGUGUGUUUAUGUGUGUGUGUGUGAGUGAAAUCUCUAAAUCUCUAAUUAGGCUAUUCACUCGCAUUGUUUUCUGGACAGAGCGACCUGAUUUGUCUAAGAGGGGCACAGUCUUGAACAGCAUGCACAUUUUGUGGUCUCCCACAACAUACCAUGUGACUGACAAUAGACAGGAAAUCAUGGUGGUCUGAAACUAAGUUUUGCUGGAAGAGGAGGGUCUAUGGCUACGUCCACAACGUUUACUGUGUGGUUUCUGUGCUCAUUUUAGCAGUGAGAAGCUUACACCUGAAACAUUUCUAGGCUCGUUUGUGAAAGAGGGCACUGCUUGUAAAAUGGCCAGCUCAACACAGAGUGAAUUUGUGGUCUUCACCCCAAUGUACCCUCAGCAAAGUGGUCCUACUGCACCAGCUUUCUGCACUACCCCACAUGUUUCCUCUGCGUUGGGAAACUUUCUGAAAGGAGAUCCAAAGGCACUGGGGACAGUGCAAAUAAUGAUUGGAGUGCUGGACAUAUUAUUUGGCAUCACAAUGGCCAUCUAUGCUGAAAGCAUUGCUGUUUUCACUGGGAUUGUUUUCUGGGGAGGAGUUAUCUACAUUUCCUCAGGAGCUCUGAGUGUUGCUGCGAACAACAAACUCAACAAAUGCCUGGUGAACGGAGCACUUGGGAUGAACAUCAUCAGCACCAUCACUGCUGGCAUUGCAAUAAUCCUUUUCUCUCUGGAAAUUGUAUUUAUGGGAUAUUCAAGAUAUCACUGCUUUCGCAGUGAGGAGUCAUAUUACUACAACGAUUGUCAACGGCUUCAACAUACGCUUCAGACCAGCUCAUAUGGGAUGACAGGAGUGCUGCUGGUUUUCUCCAUCCUGGAGUUCAUCAUCUCCAUCUGUGUUUCAGCAUUCGCCUGCAGAGCAGUGUGUGACUGCUCUACAGAGCAAGUGGUAUAUAUACCAGCCACAAACAGUCAAGUCACAUCAGAAAAUCUCAUCUCAACACCAAAAACUUAUCAGGUAAUAACUCUGUUAACACUGUUAUCUCACUACCUGUAUACUACAGAUAAUGGAUCUCACAACUCAUGUUUGGGUGAUUGGCCUUUUCAGUUUUUAUCUUGUUUUAUCCUCGGUUUAAGACUAUUCUACUGCUCUUCCUCUGGGUGUUUUCCCCAAGCAUUUCACAUAAUAUCUAGAUGUGCUGAUGUGCAUAUAAUGGUGAUGCUUGAAAAAUACAGAGAUAGUGUUUCAGUAUAAAAUUAUGCUAAAGUUACAGCAAAGUUAAAGGUUGGCAGCAAGAUGGUUGAUUUCAUUUUCUGGUCUCUUGUUGGAUGGAAACCUAUGUAAACAGUCAUGCUACAUAAAAAAAUAUACAGACUCAAGACUAAAUACAAAAUACAGACUGAAUGUACAAUGUACUGUAUCAGUCAGGUAUGUCCUCUCCACUGCUGAACUCAAACUGCUGUCGUGCAGAAACACUUCCUGCUGGCAUUAGUGUAAAGUGACAUUUCUUUAUUAACCUUUUUCUUUCCUUCUCUUU